AUGUCGCCUGGAAUGUACACAAUCAGCUUAGCAAUCCUGAGGACUACAGAUACAACAUUGAUUUGGAGAGAUGCUACCCUCAAGCUGACAAAAGAAAAUACAUGUAGCAAUGCUCCUUCAAAUAGGCUGGACCUACCUCUGAAGCUGACCGUUAUAGCAGAACUCCAUGAAACAUCCAGUGGCCAGCAUCCGAGCAGAAAAAAAAAACUCCAAGAAAAAAAAAACUCCAAGAAAAAAAAAAACUCCAAGAAAAAAAAAAACUCCAAGAAAAAAAAACUCCAAGAAAAAAAAACUCCAAGAAAAAAAAAACUCCAAGAAAAAAAAAAACUCCAAGAAAAAAAAAACUCCAAGAAAAAAAAAAACUCCAAGAAAAAAAAAAACUCCAAGAAAAAAAAAAACUCCAAGAAAAAAAAAAACUCCAAGAAAAAAAAAAACUCCAAGAAAAAAAAAAACUCCAAGAAAAAAAAAAAACUCCAAGAAAAAAAAAAAACUCCAAGAAAAAAAAAAACUCCAAGAAAAAAAAAACUCCAAGAAAAAAAAAACUCCAAGAAAAAAAAACUCCAAGAAAAAAAAAACUCCAAGAAAAAAAAAACUCCAAGAAAAAAAAAACUCCAAGAAAAAAAAAACUCCAAGAAAAAAAAACUCCAAGAAAAAAAAAAACUCCAAGAAAAAAAAAAACUCCAAGAA